AAACAGAUGACCACAAAAUACUCACCAUACUACCUCAUGUUUGGACGAGAGGCUCGGUAUCCCUCUGAAAUUCCAGAGCAUCUUGAGAUUGACAACACUGUUGAGGAGGCAGUUGGAGCAGAGGAAAUCUCUGUGAACAUUGAGCGACAUACUAAACUUUUGGAGGUUGUCAGGGAAAACCUCUCAAAAGGUCAUGACAAAACAAAGGGCAAGAUAAAACCUGAUUAACAGCCUGAGCUGAAAGUAGGGGACAAGGUUUUGAGGAAAAAUGUCCGAAAUAGUAGCAGAAAAGGGGGUAAGCUGGAAGCUAGCUUCCUAGGGCCUUUUACUAUUGUGGCCAUGCAGGGAAAGAGUGCUGACCUUCAAGAUCAGAAAGGAGUGAUCUAUCCAAGGAUCAAUGUUGACCAGCUGAAGCUCACCUUUGACCCCGUCCCCAGAGUUCCACACAAAAAUCUUAGGAACCAACCAACUCCCCCCACAGCUCCAGCUCCCCAACCACCAGCUCCAACUCCUACACCUUCCUCAGUUCCAGCUACCCCACCAUCAGCUCCAGCUACCCCACCAUCAGCUCCAGCUACCCCACCAUCAGCUCCAAUUUCUCCACCAUCAGCUCCAGCUCCAGCUCCGACACCCUCCGCAGCUCCAGCUACCCCACUUUCAGCUCCAACUGCCUCCGCAGCUCCAGCUCCUCCACCAUCAGCUCCAGCUCCAACUUCUCCUGCAGCUCCAGCUCCCCCAUCGCCUGCUUUCACUCCCAGACACACAAAAACUGUAGCAGAGAAGUACGUCAGAGAUGCCUGGGCUGGAAAUGUUUCCCAUGUCCUCCUGUCCAAAGUGGGGGCAUACAAAAUGUUUUAUUGGGACAUAUCCCAAAUUGGACCAAAUAUGGAGAUGGAAAGUGAGGCUAUCAAUGCAUACAUGUCAAUCAUUGUGAGGGAUCACAACGCCCAAAACACACAAAAAGCAGCUGUGAUUGACUCUUUUGCAAUGACGGCAAUAUGGCAAGGAAAAUCCUCAAGAAUUAAGAUCAAACCCCUGGACUACCACAUUCUUUUGGGGAUCAUAAAUCAAAACCAUCACUGGAUAUUGGCGGCUAUCUAUCCACAUGAAAAAAGAUCCCUGCUAAUGGAUCCUCUGGGAGAGUCCAAACAAAAUAUAAAGCGAUGUUUGGAGAGAACAAGGGCUUUCCUUAGAAACAAGGGAUGCAAUGUGUCAAGGUGGACAUGUGACACAGUCGAACACCCCUUCCAAACAGAUGGCACCUCAUGUGGAGUGUUUUCACUGAAGUUUGCAGAAAAAAUCCUACAAAAUGAGAGAAUUCAUUUCAGUGCUACCCAACAGGCCAUCAACAGAUACAGGAUGGAAAUAGCUGUCACUCUCCUCCUACAGACUGAUGACCUAAAUGACUUGUGCUUCUAUUGUGGGACAAAGGAGCAUGAGACAGACAUUGACUGGGUAAGAAAAAAGAGCAACUGUGCAGCUGGGGGACUCCAGACAGAAGAACAACCAGACCAGUUGAAGAUAGAGGUGGUGUCAGUGACAGAGGAGGACCUCCCCACUGUCGAGACCCCAAACACUGUGAAUGUCAGCCCCCUCGACAGCUUCGUUGCAGACGUCCAAUCAGAAAAGGUUCCAGCCAAACCUGCAGAACCCGAGCCUCCAGUUUCACCCAGCCCGACCAUGCCCAUCACCAAGGUGCAGCCCUUUUUAAAUGAGGAUGACUUGGAAAAAGGCUGGAAGACCAGAGUGCUUGCCCAUCGCUUCGAGCUGCUAAUCGCUCUUUGCCUGAUCUCCGGGAUCACUCUUGCUCUCAGCAUCGGUCUUGGAGUGGGUCUCAGCUGUGUGGGACAGUACCGCUGUGGUUCUUCAUCUCAGUGUGUCCGGGCUUCGGCUCAGUGUGAUGGGGUGGUCAACUGUGACAACCAGGAUGACGAGCUCGGCUGUGUGCGUCUGAGCGGCCAGAGCUCUGUCCUCCAGGUUCAGAGGAGAGGAGAAUGGAGGACGGUCUGUGCAGAGGACUGGAACAACUGGCUGGGCAUCUCCGCCUGCAAACAGCUGGGAUACUCCAGGUAUGUGGAGUCCUUUUUUGUCUCUCAGACCUCCAUUGAACCGAACCUUCAGACCACCCUGGUUUCCUUCAACGUCAAUCAGUCAGAGAUCUUGAAGCUUCAGAAUGCUGCCACCCACAGACCUCAGUACAACACUCGUGUUGUUGGGGGCAACCUCUCUAAAACAGGUCAGUUCCCCUGGCAGGUCAGUCUUCAUUUCAAGAGGGAACACAUGUGUGGAGGCUCCAUCAUAACGUCGAGUUGGAUCCUAACUGCAGCACACUGUGUGUAUGGGUUUGAGAACUCCUCCUUGUGGACGGUCCAUGUUGGCAUAACAGAGCAGCUGAUCCACGGGGCCCAGUCUCUGGCUGUGAAGAAUAUCAUAUACCAUGCUCGCUACUGGCCCAAAGGACUGGACUAUGACAUCGCUCUGAUGAAACUGUUCAAUCCACUUGUUUUUAACGGCCUUGUGGAGCCCAUCUGCCUGCCCAACUAUGGAGAAGAGUUUAUAGAGGGCACCAAAUGCUGGAUCUCUGGCUGGGGAGCAACAGAAGAAGAUGGCGAGACCAGCAUAGUUCUGCGCUCAGCCAUAGUACCACUCAUCUCGACCAAGACCUGCAACCAACCAGAGGUUUACAAAGGCUUAAUCUCCUCCUGGAUGAUCUGUGCAGGAUACCUGGAAGGGGGCGUUGACUCCUGUCAGGGGGACAGCGGGGGUCCUCUUGCCUGUGAAGUCUCAUCGGUGUGGAAGCUGGUUGGGGUGACCAGCUGGGGGAUUGGAUGUGCUCAGAGGAACAAACCAGGCGUGUACACUCGCAUCACAGAGUCGCUCAGAUGGAUCCACCAACAGAUGGAGAGAGAAGAGGCUCAAAGUUUAACAUCUCACAGAACCGACAACUGACCAUCUUCUAACAAGAAACUCAGUGAAGACGAGCUGCAACACAC